GUAUGUCAACAGGGCGUCGGUGUCGUGGUAAAAAACUUACGGUAGUGUCUCGCGUAUCAACAUCUUCUCGUUUACUUAUCUGCUGCGUCAUCUUCGUUCCACCCAAUUCGGAGAAAUAAACGGAACAUUUAUUUUUUUUUUUGCGAGCAAAUGUGACCCAUCGCCGCAUUCGGAAAGUAGAGUUAACGCGAAACCGAAAGCAACCACAAGAACGAUGGCGUCUUCGUACGACCCCGCCGCCGCUCCGGCUGGCAACGUGGUGACACCGACCAAGCCCCAGCCAGACGCGAAGGACGACAAGAAUGGUGCGAAAGAAAAGGCGGAGAAGGAGGACUACUCCAUGGUGGGCUUCAAGGACCUGUUUCAAUUUGCAGACGGGGUGGACCUAUCAAAUGUAAAAAUGUCUGGGUCUGGAGGGUUGGAACUUGUCAUGCUAAAUCUGAAGCAUGUAAAAAUCUGUGUUGCAUGAUUACCAAAAGUCGCCCAGUUUUGACCAAGUCGAGAGGGAGUUUCUCAUGCAGGAUAGGCAUGAGAGAGAUCGCGCAGAAGCUGUCAUGCUAGGUCCUGCAUUCCAGGCUUCAUGGGUCAUGGAAAAGCUGCAUGACAAGUCGCGCAUUCUUCCAGACCCAGACAUUUUUACACUUGAUAGGACAAGGCCUGCUACCUGUUCGGCGGGUUCAACGCUACGCUGUACGGCGUAUAUCGCAAGAAAAAACUGUUUCACUGUGAACUUGUGAUGCAUAGAAUGGAACACAGAACUAUUUGUCUUGCUACACCUGCAAGGCAUUGGACUUUUAAGCGUGUUCUCCCUUGGAAAGCGCGCAUGGCAAAUUUUCUGUGUCAUGUGUAGCAAACUUGUGAUGCGGAUCUUGCAAAACCAUCACAGUGAAACAGUUUUUUCGUGGGAUAGCGUAGGACAGCCGGCAAUCGCGUACGUAUUCGGUGCGGUUUUCGACGUCGGGAUCAUGAACGCCAACGACAUGUACGACAAAAUGAUGGAUUUGCUCGUUUGGUUCGGCGUGAUUGGGAUCGUCUGCUGGAUUACCGCGACCAUUUUCACCUGGCUCUACGACGUCGCCGGGUCGAGACAAACCUGCAAAUUCCGCGAAGCCUACUGCAAAGCCGUGCUCAACAUGGACGCCUCGUGGUUCGACGAAAAGGACCCGAUGACGGUGCCGUCCCGCGCGAUGACGGAUGUGCGCAAGAUCAAGGACGCGCUCGGGAAGAACUUCGCACUUGCCGUGCAGAAUCUCGCCCAGUUCAUUGCCGGAUUUAUCUUCGCGUUUGCCUUGAGCUGGCGGUUAGCGCUGGUUUUGUCCGCGGGAAUUCCUUUCAUGGGGCUCGCCGCGUACUACUUCGCGAUGGCGCUGCAGGAGAUCAACGGGGGCACGAUGAAGUACUACGUGAAAGCCGGCGCGGUCGCGGACGAGGUUUUCGGAGCGGUGAAAACGGUGCUGGCGUUUGGAUCGGAAAAGUCCGAAUUGGAGCGGUACGGGGAGCAUUUGGAGUACGCCCGGGCCGGAAAAGCGCGGUCCGGGGGGCGCGUGGGCCUGCAGGUCGGGAGUCUGUGGGGUGUGUGUUUUUUGCUCUACGGCUUGGCGUUCUGGUACGGGGCAAUUUUGGUGAAGGACGGAGUGAAGAACCAGGAGACCGGGGAGGCGUUUACGGGCGGGGACGUGAUGAAGGUCUUCUUCUGCGUUCUGAUGGGCAUGUUCGGCAUCGGCAGUGUGGCGCCCUGGAUCCAGGCGGUCGCUGAGGCAAAACCUGCGCUCAAGAAUCUGAAGUGGAUGAUGACCGUGGAGAAGCCAGUCGUGCUUCCGGGUACCAAGGAGCUCGAGGGAGAAGGGGCUUUGCGGAUCGACGCGACCGACGUGACUUUCGCCUACCCGACGCGGAAAGACGUGAGUGUUUUGAAAGGGGUGUCUUUCUCGGUGUCCCCAGGACAGAAAGUCGCGUUCGUUGGCGAAUCGGGCUGCGGUAAGUCGACGAUGAUUCAGCUGCUUGAGCGGUUCUACGACGUGAGCGGCGGCUCGAUUUGCUACAACGGGAUCAACGUGAAGGACUUGAGUUUUGAAUCCUUAGGGUCGCAAAUCGGGUACGUCGCGCAGGAACCGGUGCUGUUCAAUUACUCGAUCCGCGAAAAUCUGUGUUUUGGGUUGAAGAACCGGCCCAGCGAUGAGGCCAUCAAGGACGCGUUGAAGCAGGCCCAGAUCUGGGAUAUCGUCUCCGGUUUGCCCGAGGGGCUGGAUACGCUUCCGGGAACCGCGGGGUCGCAAUUCUCCGGCGGACAGAAGCAGCGAAUCGCGAUUGCGCGGGCGCUGGUGCGCAAGCCGAAGUUGUUAUUGCUGGACGAAGCAACGUCGGCGUUGGAUUACCAGAGUGAAAGGUUAGUGCAGGAGACGAUCGAUAGCCUCUCAAAAAACUCUGACUUGACGGUUGUCGUCGUCGCGCACCGGUUGUCCACCGUGCGGAACUGCGACCAGAUUUUUUUCCUGCAGCAGGGCACUGUCGCGGAGAAAGGGACGCACGAGGAGCUGCUGGCACUGAAGGGCGGCUACUACCGGUUGACCGAAACGCAAGAAGCGCUUUCCAUGGCAGAGGAACGGAUUCCCUCGAAGGACGGAGAGCUCUCGCGGCAGGUGAGUCGUGCACCCGAGGGCGCCACCGUUGUCGAUAUGUCCGUAGCAGACGGGGCCGGCGCGGUCACCGAGGGCUCGAUUGCAGAUGGGACCCCCGCUGCAGAGGCGACGCUGGGGCGGUCAGCGUCGAAGGAACGGCUCAUGGCGAUGGAUGUUUUAAAGACGCAAGAGGAGAAGGAAAAGGAAAGGCUUGCGAAGAUCGAGAAGGAAUACACGGUACAAAUGAGAAUGUCCACUACCCUACGUUUUGCUCACUUUACUCCAAGUUUGUGAUGUGUCACUCUAUCUAACUUGCUUCUACAGAAGCAAAGUGAGAAGUCUCAUUCUGGAUGCUAUCGCACCAAAAUUAAUCUUCUCUCAGGUUCCCAUGAAGCGCUUGCUGAGUUUGAACACGCGGUACGAAUUGAUGUACUACCCGCUGGGGUUCUUUUUCUCCCUGUGCAACGGAUCCUACCAGCCACUCUGCGCCUACAUUUUGAUCGAAGCGAUGACCGAUUUUUACAUCGUCGACAAAAACAAAAUGCAAGACGAGCUGAACAAGUCCGUCUUGCUCUUUUGCAUCAUUGGUUUCGUCGCCCCGUUGACCUACUGCUUCGCCAACGGGUGCUACUCCUACGCGGGCAGUUACAUGACCAUGCGUGCGCGACGUUUGGUGUUUUCCACCUACCUGAAACAGGAAAUGGCCUAUUUCGACGAGCCGGAGCACACGCCGGGGAAGCUAACGGCCGCACUGGAAUCGCAGUGCUCCGACUUGAGCUACAUCGCCGGUGAACAAUUAGGCGUAAAGGUGGAAACCUUGUCCGCGAUCGUGUGCGGCCUCACCUUCGCCUACAUCGCCUCCUGGAAGCUCGCGGCCGUCGUGACCGCGUGCCUGCCGCCGUUGAUUAUCGCCAUGAUUAUCCUCUUCGUGGUGAUCAUGGGUAUGGGCGGGGAAUCCGAAUCGCCGGAGGUGAUUGCGAGCGGCGGCAUCAUGGCGGAAGUGGUGCUGAACCUGAAAACCGUGCGCGCCAUGCGUGCGGAGCACGACUUCUGGAAGACCUACUCCAACGCGGUGGUUGGCGUCCGUGACAAGGAGGUGAAGAAGGCGUUACCGUCCGGUUUCGCCUUCGGCUUCUCCAACGGAAUCAUUUUUGGCGUGUACGUGGUCGGCUUCUGGUACGGUGCGGUGCUGAUGCGGGACGAGGGGCUGGCCCCCGGCGAUAUGUUCAAGGCAGUGAUGUGCAUCAUCUUUGCGGGCAUGGGUGCGGGGCAAGCCGGCGCCGCCAUGCCGUCCAUCGCGAAGGCGAAGGCCGCGGCGCACGACAUUUUCGAGCUGGCCGACCGGGUGCCUCUGAUUGACCAAACCGAGGAGGGCAACGGGAACAAGCCGGACCCGCCGGCACUGGAAUAUCGCAAGAAAAAACUGUUUCACUGUAGACUUGUAAUGCAGAAAAUGUAUCGGAGAAGUGUUUGUCUUGCCACACAUGCAAGACAGUGGAUUUGGCUGUGUUUUCCCUUAGGAAUCUCGCAUGGCAAAUUUUCUCUUUGGUGUAGAACAAACUUGUGAUGCAAAGCUUGCAAAAUCCUAAUCCUUACAGUGAAACACUUUUUUCCUACGAUAUGGAAAAAAUCGACUUCAGCGACGUGUUUUUCUCCUACCCGUCGCGGCCAACCGUCCCGAUCCUGCAGGGGCUGACUCUGUCGUUACAGAACGGGAAGUCCGUCGCGCUCGCCGGGCCGUCCGGGAGCGGGAAAUCGACCAUCAUGGCGUUGCUGAUGCGGUACUACGAUGUGAACAAGGGGAAGAUCUCCCUGAAUAACAGCGCCGAUCUGACCGCGGUGAAUUUGCUCAAAUGGCGGCUGUCGAUUGGGUACGUCGGGCAGGAACCGGUGCUGUUCAACUUGAAUGCGCUGGAGAACAUCCUGUACGGCGUUCCAGUAGACGAACGACCCAAAUUCAGCGCUGCCGACGUGAAGCGGGUCGCGGAACAGGCAAACGUGAAUUUCAUCGGGGAUACGCCCGGGACGAACCAACUGACGUGGACCGAGUUGCUGGGGCCGCGGGGGAACAAAAUUUCCGGCGGCCAGAAGCAGCGGAUUGCGAUCGCGCGCGCGCUGAUGCGCAACCCGCAGAUUUUGCUGCUGGACGAGGCCACUAGUGCGCUAGAUUCGGUGAGCGAGAAGGAGGUGCAGGAAACGCUGGACAAGCUCGACACGAAAAACCGCCUGACCGUGACGAUCGCGCACCGCUUAUCCACGAUCCAGAACUGCGAUUUGAUCUGCGUGAUGUGCGACGGCAUUUUGCUCGAGCAAGGAGGACAUCAGGAACUAAUCGACAAGAACGGGCUGUACAAAAAACUCCUCGGCUCACAAGGGCGGAAAUCGCAGGUCAUAGCGUGAAAUCGUGGAUGAAAGACGCGGGGGCAUGGAUGCUAGUGGUGGAGAUCGAAAGAAUUAUUCGGACGGAACUCUUUAGUAUUUGAGUUGCACUUGGUCCGAUGGCGUCUUCAUCUGCUCUCUACGCGUAGAAAAAGGUGGGGGUCGGACGUUUGUGCAGGGGUUUCUGGCCCUCGUAGCAGCGCGAAAACUUUUAUUUUUACCAACAUAAACAUUAACAUAAAGAUGGAAAUGGAUAAAAGCACUGCAGGAGCUGUUUCUGACUUUUAGCAAAUCCAAAUGUACUCAUCGAUUCUGAUCGGGUAAAAACAAACCUUGCUUUCUUGUAGGCCAGAACAUCAUUGCAUGAAUCAAGAUGCCCAAAUCCCCCGCACGAGUGGCUUUUCUUAGUGGGCGUUGGUGCAAAAAAUGCAGAUCCUCGAUGAAGAUAUCUGACAGAAAGAAAAAUGUAUGAUAUCCAUAUCGCUUUUUUGUUGUUGUGAUAUCAUUGCUGGUCAACAUCAACUCAGUCAGGGGUGGUUUCGGUUUCACAUAGACACAGACCUAAUCUAUCAUGCCUGCGGAAAUGAAAUCAGUAGAAAUCAUGUCAAGGAGAUGGAUGAUGAAUGACAACGAUCUGUGGAUCAAAAUGGAAUUGAAGCAUGUAGUUUGUUUCGCUGGCUGCAUGGUGCCCAUUCAUGACGCAAAAAACAUUUUCUGUUUGGCGUGGACUAAAUCUGGAUUUUCUUGUGCGGAGUCAAGCUC